CGCGGAGCCGUCACUUGCACACGCUCGCGUCUCGCUUUCCAUUUAGUUAUGUAGUAGCGCUCGCCGCUCGCCUGUUUGGACAAGUGCUAAGUUGAUCGUUUUAUGUGAUACACCUCGUUGGCAUUAUGUUUAAUUUAACCGUUCGAUUUUUAAAUUGUUUCGUGAAGUACUGUUGUUAUUAAUUAAUAUUUUUCAAUCAAUUGGUGUGUUGUACACUUUUUGGACUGUUGAUUCUUGGAUUGUUUAAGAAUGACGCCGCAAGAGGAGCGCGAGAGCUCACGCGGCGCGGAGAUCGCAGACGCCUUCGAGGACGACAUGUUCGGGCCGCCGCGCACCGAGCCCGCCGCCAGACCUAAACUCUCCAUGAUCUCGGCGCGCCUCCGCGCUAACGAGGAACGAAAGCGGGUCAUUGAGAUCUGCUCGCAGAAACUAGAGAACAUCGAAGACCCCGCGAGAGACCUGAGGCGUUCAGUAUGCAUCAAUAACACAUACUGUCGACUCAGUGAAGAGGCGCGUCGGGAGAAAGAGGCCAGACGACGCCGAGCGCGGGAAGAGUGCGAUGACUCAUGGGUAGGGAAGAAGGCGCGGCGGGCCGUCGAGGACGAGUGCCUGGCGCUGCUGGACGCGAUCCCGGAACUGGGCGACGCGAACCUGGGCUGCGCGCAGCUGGCGCGACAGAUGCCGCGGCAGGACGUGCCGCUGCUGCCGCCCGGGCUCCUGACGGUGCUGGACUCAUGACCGCGCCGCCCUGCGCACCUCCACACCUCACUGUAAGCGAACACGGGCGUGUUCGCGUGCUCCUGAUGCGAGUCGCCGGCCGCGUGCGCCGCGAAGAGGCGCUCGGAAGCCGGAUCCGGCCCGGCCCGACCCCGCCACCGCGGCUCGAGAAUCACUGGACUAUUGAUUCGUGUUUAUAAUUUACGUUACCCGGAACGGAUUGUCGACGUUUAGCCAAUUCUUUGUUGUUUAAGAAGAGUACUUACUUUGUUAGCGUGUUUUUUUUAUUAUUUAGUGAAAGUUGCUCAGGCGCUGCCGACGGGCGCGGUCCAAUUAGUGUUCAACGAUUAAUUUUUAUCAAACAGAGGACUCUGAGUGUACGUUGUCGCUACAGUGACGCGGCACUGCGCUCACUUGUAGUGCAACAUUAACGGUUCAUAAUGGAGGCAUAGUUAUAAGCGAUAAUUAUUAUGUUAUUAUUGUACUGUAAAGUAAAUAGUGAUUAAGAGAUAGUGCAAAACGACUGGGAACGGUUGCGUAGACGAGCGGUAACAAGACUUCCACGCUUAUUUAGUUUUAUUUGAAUAGUAUUAUUUUGUGCUGCCUUUGUGAGAUCGGUUCGACGUUACUGAAUAGAGUGGAAACUGUUGUUCUUGAUGCACACAUACACGUCUGUGAUUGGAAUAAUAAGGAUUAUUCUGUUGGCAAGUGGAAAUCAAGUUUUUCUGCAGGGAUCUGCAUUUCGAAUAUAAUUGCCAACGUUACUAAUAGUCUGUAAGGUGAUAAAGGAAAAUUUGUGACGUAUGUGUGUGUCAUCGGUAACUCUUGACGGCGUUUUAGUUUCCUUAUCAAAGUGGCGCGUGUCGACGUCGAGGAAACGUUCGCCCAACAUUGGCCGCCAACGUCCAACGUUUGCGCGCGCCUCACAUUUUGCUAACAAGUCCGAGAGUUACUUUGAACGAGUUUUGUUGUACUUUAUCGCUUUAAGUUUUAUUUAAACGUUUUUUGUUUUGUACAUUUUAAUGUUACCCUAUUGCUUAUGUCACCAUUUUAAGCUUUGUUACCAUUAUAUGAUAUUUAAUUGGGUUGAAUCUGGGUUUUAGAGAACUAUCGUGUCAUUGUUAAUUUAUUGUAUAAUGCAAGAUAGAGUGGACGUUUUCCUCUUAUAAGCGUUGUUACUAUAAUUUUACAAUAAUUUUAAUAUCAGACUUGCAACAAGUGUUGCCCAAUUCGAAACAACGUUUAUAAGUUGGGGAUUGUGUGUAAUAAAAAGCGUUACUUAUCAAACAGUUGUGCAAUAAAUUUGAAAGUAAUCAAUAGUUCGAUUGUGCAAUUGAUUCGCGGAACAAGCGAGUUCCUUUUCUUUUGAAAUCUUAAUUGUCGCAAAAUAUAUCGCUAGUAGCCCGUUUCGCCCCCUCUGAAUAGUAAAUAGGUAGGGGAGGCCCUCGUGCGGGCGCGCGGGGCGGGGGCCGCGGCUGGGCGAGGGGGAGGCGGGGCGGGGAGGGGAGGGGGGGGCGGGCGCGCGGCGUGGGGUGGGUCUCUGCACCGUUCCCAGCACUCCUGUGAUAUUAGCCUAGCCUGUGUGUCGUAUUUGUGCUAGUUUCCCCAACCGACUUGUUUGGAUAUUGUGCUUGUAAAAAGCUUGAAAAAAAAUAAUUCCUUUUCUAUAUCGGCCAUUUUAUACGGAUUAACCGAAUUUUAAAUGUCGUUUACCCGACGGUAGGAUCGCAUUUAGAAUUUUGAUCACCAUUUGUGACGAGUAGAUGAUUUUCUUUUGAUCAUUUGGUAUGUUGUAUGUAAUGUUGAAUAAUCAUUAUUGUAUUAUAAAAUUUAUAAAGUUAGGCGCUUGUACACUUAGCUGUUGCCCUUAUUAGGGGAUGAUAUAAGUCUACAAAAAGUUCAUACAAAGAUGAGUGUCCUAAUUAAUUUUGGUCACUAGUUGUUCAAAGUUGAAUUUGCAAGCAAAUGUACUUUAUAAAUUGAAGAUAAAAACGCACAUAUUAACAAAUAAGUAGAUUUUUCAAUAUACUGUAAAUCGGCCACGUUUGAGAGCGCACAGAAUUCAGAGAUCCGGCUGACAGUUAGUCAAGUCGAAAAGUUCAUAAAUGUAAAUGAAGUUUUGUAUCAAUGAACUCUAUUGUCCUAUAACGGGUUUUUAUUUUCUAAUACAUCAAUCGACCAAGAAUUGUUUAGAGCUACGUGCUUUCUAACAUUCCUGUAUGUUUGUCAUUACCAACAAGUCGCACUAUACAUGGAUAAUGAUUGUACUCGUACUAUUUUCAAACGUGGCAACUCUUUGGACGAUGUGAGAUUCUUAGAAAAUAAAUAAAUUAAUACCGAGCCUCUAGCUUUAGUCAUUCAAUCGUGUUGAUCGGAAAAAUGUAAGAAAAAGAAAAGGAUGUUGCAGACUAUCAGAUUAUUGAAUCAAACUCGUGUCCGUCCCACUCGUGCAUGACGGGAGGGAGCGAGACAAAACACAAAACGAGACUAUGUGUUGAAAGAAAUUGUAAUAUUGUAUAGAUAAUACUCCAGAUAAUUGAAUGAUUUGAUUGGUUCCGUGUGAGCUUGAGAUCUAAAUAAACUUAAAAGUUCAGCUUA